GUCAAAUGUGGAAGCUAGACCGGAUUAAUUAAUCCAUCGUUUUGACUCUUUCUCAUUAAACUAAAUAGGCAUUCAUCCCAACUUCCCAAAGAGCAAGUCAGCCAGUAGGGCGUAAAUUACGUGUAACAUUUGAAUUUAAACUGCUGGAUAUAAUGUACCACCCAUUCAUUCAUUCAUUCAUUCAUUGAAGUGGUUUUCUGAAUUCGAUAUCGCGAAUAAUCGAUCUCGAUGCAAAUAUUCGGAGUAGGAUAACAAAAAUUCGUUUGGAAAGACCAUUCACCCAAAGGAAAAGAACCCUAAUACGGGCAGAGAUAGCAAACGACAGAGGUAAAAACAACCAAACCAGACCAAAAAGAAAUGGGUGAUAUGAACUUUUGAUUGAAAGAAUACUCACAAACAACGUAUUUUUAUAAUGGAGGGCGAGAAGGGUAAGAACAAAAAGCAAAUCUGAUGCACAAGAUACGAACUAUGGAGUAACAAAUAUUUUGCAGCAGCAGCAACAACUCUCUCUCUCUCUCAUUCAUCAUGAAAAAAUCUGACCAACUCUGGAUUCCUUACUAGCUUCGGCUUCCCCUGUUCCAAUCCUCUCUCUCUCUCUCUCUGCUGUUAAUGAAUAGCCACAUCCAUCCCCGUGACUUCCUUCCUUUCAUUGCCACUUGCUACUCCCAUUGUUGAUUAUUAAAAACCCUCUCAUGAUCCUCCUAUCUGAUCCAUAUAUCAUCAUCGUCACUCUUCCAUCACCAAAGCAAACCCACGAUUGCAUUUUUUGCUCUGUUUUUCGCAGCUACCUAUCCUUUCUCUCCAAUUCCCAACCUAACUCCCUCUUUCCCUCAUCAUCAUUCAUCACCGUAGCCUUCCCUCUCUCUCUCUCUCUCUCUCUCCGGAGUAAAUAGCAUUUGCUGUGCAGAGCAGAGCAGAGUCGUACCCCCUCCUCACUUAUUAAAUCCUUUCACUUCUUUAUAAUCAACAUCCCAUCUUUGCUGAAGCAACCCAGAAAAGAAGAGAAAAAAAAUUACACACAGAAAGAUGCAACAAGCAAGUUCAGAAUUCUUUCUCCGCCAGCUGAGCGUUGGUAAUAAUGGGACGGAAGCUUGGGGAAACUACAAUGACUACAACUCCAACUACGACUACAACUACAACAACAGCAGCAACAACUACAACAACAGCAGCGACUACUACUCUUGUUCAUACACUACCCCUGCUUCUGCUACCACCCAAAUGGAAGACGAAUUGACCGGCCGGCUGCAGAGCCACUACUCCGACGACGGCGGAAGCAACGGGCUGGUGAUGAGGAAAAGAGUGAUGGUGGUGGUGGAUCAGAGCUCGCAUUCGAAGCACGCAAUGAUAUGGGCGCUGACUCAUGUUGUGAACAAAGCUGAUUUGCUCACUCUGCUUCACAUCGUCCCUCCUCCUUCUCAUGGCGCCCAGACUUCAAAUUCAUCCCCUUUCCUCGCCAAUUCCCUCGGUGCCCUCUGCAAAGCCUGCAAACCUGAGGUGGAAGUGGAAGCAUUGGUGGUACAAGGGCCGAAGUUUGCCACAGUGAUGAGCCAGGUGAAGAAGCUAGAUGUGGCUGUGCUUGUGCUUGGUCAGAAGAAACCCUCUUCUCUCAUCAGCUGUCUGUGUGGAAGCAGCAAGAGUGAAGAAUUUGUAGAGAAGUGCAUCAACAGUUUGGAGUGCAUGACUGUAGGAGUGAGGAAGCAGAGCUAUGGCAGGAGUGGGUAUCUCAUCAGCACCAAGUGGCAAAAGAACUUCUGGCUCUUGGCCUAAGAACCAUUAGUAUAAUAAUUUUGUUUCGAUCAACCACAUCUAAUCCAACCUUGCAAAUCUUAAUCACAAUCACCACCACCAACUCUCCUGAACUCCCACAACAAACUAUUAUACAUAUUCAAUGUCCCCUUCCAGAUCUUAUUAUUCCCCCUGCAUGAAACCCCACUCUGUAUCUACAAGUCACUACUAACUAGAUCUCUCCUUCCAUCUCUGUCCUUUAAUCAGAUUCAAGAUGUCUUAGAAAAGACAGCAUGGGUGUGUAAUAUUCUUAUUACUAUAAUUGAUGGAAUCUUUUCAUCGAUUGUCUUUGUCUCACAUGGGUAAAUACCUUGUUUAUCACUAAUUGUGGUAGUUAUGCGUCACUUCAACUCUUCAAGAACAUGGAGAUGAAUACAAAUAAUAUAGUGGAGCUAUGCCAACCCGGAUUUUCGUUCUGUUCUUUUUGAAAGAACAAAGAUGGAUUGUUUGGGGGAAUAUCUGAGGGACGAGAUGAGGUCCUGGCACUACUAGCUAGCUAGCUAGAUCCUGGAAACUGAAUUGACAAAACAUGCAGUAGGAAGGAAGUAAGAACCCAUCUCUCAAAACUCGAAUCUUCUUCUAAUGUUGUCAGAACUUGAUUACACGCAUGGGCUCUGGACCUGGAUUCAGAAGCCUGCAACAUUAUGAAUGAUGUUACUUUAGACCUUUUUACCCAAAGCUAUGCUGCUUGCUUGCUUCCCUUGCUUACUGCACUGCAGUCACAAACAUACACAUGCUGAUCUUUCAAUCAUCAAAACGUGGAAGAAAAAAAGCAGGAGGAAGAGAAUAGAUUCCAGAAAGCACCAAGUACUGUGCAACUUUUCCUUUUGGAUGCAGAAGUCCAGAAAUCUCUCAAAAGCAACUUGGACUAGUUCACUAGAUAGAUUAGUGAGGCUCUGUACUUGAGAUACGGCACUUCAUUAAUAAAUCAAUCCGAGAAAUUAUAGUUCCCUGGAGAAAUACAUGUUUCCAAUUCACGAGCAAAAAAAAGUUUACUUAUAUUAAGCUUGUAUGGGUAAUCAAACAAGUCCACAACAACACAUUUAAAUAAUUCCUCAGAAUUUCAUCAGUUUCUUGUACAUAAAGUAUAAUUACUCCUCCCUACGGCGCGUCAACUGCAAAAGAGCAUUCAUCACCAUCAUCGUAAUGUAAAGCUCCCCUCUCUCCAGGAGAGUCGAUUCACUAAUUCAGACCUUAUCAUCUAAUUUAUCGUUUACGAGCGGCAGCAACUCCAUCCGGCUUCUUGGAGUCCUGGGCGUCCGGGGAGUUCCUGUAGAGGCUGGCUGUUGUGACAGCAAAUGCCUUACAUAUCCAUAGAAAGUACAUCCACCGAGCGUGAUAGCACAUCCCACAGCAUUCAUUGCUGAGAUUGGGUUCCUGAAUAUCAGCCAUGAAAUCAACACGGCAACUGCAACCUGUAUAAGACAUAAAUCCAGACAUUAGCAGCCAACAACAAAUGAGAGAUCGAUCCGGCAGGAAGUAGUGAGAUCAAGAAUGUUGUUCUGGGGCUUGAGACUGAUUUUCUGAAAUAACUAUUAUGAGUAUAA